AUGUCAGUAGAUACAACAAAAUUAAAAUUAAAUAAAUUUCAAGAUGAUGUCUACAAAUAUUUUAGAGAAGUAUUUCCUGAUAUGGACGUUUUUGAGAUAAAUGAGGUUCAAUUAAAAGGAGAAAAUAAAGAAAAAUGGAGACAAUUUUGUGAACAUUUUAAAGAAACUGUGGAUGAUUACAAUUUUGGAACAAUGUUGAGGAUAAAAGCUGAUGGAAUUUAUAAUGAGGCUAAUACUAUUAUUACACAAAAAGUAAUUUUUCUAGCAAUUGAGGGUGCUCGUAAUAUUGAAGGAAUAAACGAGAAAUUUAAAGAAAAAUACAAAUUAUUAUAUAAUCAAAAUAAUUCUGAUGGAAAGGCUUAA